AUGGCCUCCCAAGCCGCACUCUCGUCCGCUCGUUCCAGCGUUCUUGAUUCCAUCGAGACCCAAUCUUCCCCGUACCCAAUCUCUGACUUCGACUCAAGCCCGGCACCCUCCUCCCAAUUGGAGAGCGAAACCAGCGAAUUAGACGGACCUUCCCUCGACGAUUGGAAUCGAAUUGAUUGGAAGCUCCUCCCAUAUUAUACCCGCGAACCACGAAGCAAGAAGGAUCGGGGCUGGUGGUGGAGUCAUGGCUUCAAGGUCCGUAAUUCAAAGGCAAGGAAGAUUAACUCGGAGGUUUCUUGGCUCUGCCUCCAUUGUAUCCGGAAGAAAAGGACGAUUCUGUCGAACUUCUGCUUUGUUGCCUCUGGAAGCGGGAAUAUUAAGAGGCACCUCAGUACUCAUGGUUUUCGAGACCCUGAAAAUAAGAAUCGCCCCCAAACAGGCAAGAAGAUCGAAUCCUAUCUCCAAGCCGACCUUGCCUCCCCAAACGACCAACGACUGAUCGCCAACCUUCUUGGUCAUUUUUGCCCUGAGGGACUUCGUCUUCUCCUACUCGACUGGGUCACCUACCAUAACUUGCCCUUCCGAACAGUCGAUACUCCUCGCUUCCAACGAAUCCUUCAGUAUAUCAGCCCAGUGGUCAAGAACGAAGAUCUUCCGAGUAGGCAGCUGCUGAGGAAGAUGCUCAUGGACGAGUAUCAGAGAGCUAUUGGCCCUGUCACGGAGCUUCUACAAACCGCACGCAGCCAGAUCCAUUUCUCGUUUGAUGGUUGGACUUCGCGCAAGAAUUUCUCAUUUCUUGGUAUCAACGCGAACUUCAUUGACUGCGAUUGGAGGCACCAAAAGCUACUCUUGUCGCUUAAUCCCUUAUCAUCAAGACAUUGUGGUAACAACCUGGCCGAUGAGGUAGCUGAUACCCUGUCGUUUUGGAAGAUCGAGAAGCAGAUUGGCUAUUUCACGCUUGACAACGCUUCGAACAACGAUACAGCGAUGGAGUUUCUUGGAAAGGAGUUCGGUUUUGACGAUAAGGAACGACGCUUAAGAUGUGCUCCACACAUUCUUCAUCGGGUAGUACGCGCCAUGCUGUACGGAAAUAGUAAGGUCAACGCGGAAGUGAUCGCAACUACCCCCGAGGAAAUCGGCGAUGACAUCAGCGACGAGGACGAGGGGGUCGCUAUUCGUCACGCCUUGCGAGCCGUGGAUCAAUAUGCAACCACGGACGAGGAUGAAGACGAUGAAGACGAUAUAAGCGAUGGAAGUGAUGAAAGCGAUGAGGUUGACAACGAGCCUGUUAUUGUUGAUCCUUUCGAGCCCAUCGAGGCGAACUUCUCUGUCCUAUUUAGUCCUACUGCCCCCGGACUACAAGCCUUCAGGGAAAGUGGCCCAAUGGGGAAACUUCACAAUAUGGGCGUUGCACUUCACCGAAGUUCACAGCUUCAUGAUCUGUUUAUUCAAGCCCAGAUCGAAGUAGCUAGACAGGUAGCCAAAGAGAGCAAUCUCGAUACUGAAGAACCCAUCCCUACUCUCGAGUUUGUCCACAACGUAGUGACACGCUGGCAGUCGGACAGAGCGAUGAUAAAACGAGCCUUACUCCUUCGACGCCCGACCAAUUACUUCUUCCAUACAAUCGAGGAGAAGUGGAAUAUAGCCGGUGCCAAAGCUAAAGAUCGGCCUCUUGUUCUUGAUUGUAGGCUUUCCGCCCAGGAUUGGGAGAUCAUCAAGACUUUCGACCUUAUUCUGGAACCCUUCGAAGUCGUAACAAAACAACUUCAAGGAAACGGUCAGCCAGACAAGCGAUCAACUACCGGCGCCUUCCACGAAUACCUUCCUUGUUUUGAACUGCUUUUGGACCACCUUGAGGAAGCAGUUCAAGGACGGGUCCUCAAAGAGAACGCAGAAGGCGAAAUGGAGAUCAUCAACAUAUUCACCGAUGUAGGAGUUGAAACUCGCCGGCUUAUCAAAGUCUUCAUCAAACUCGCGUGGCAACGGCUCGACAAAUACUACCACCUCAUGACGCCAAUUGCGUACGUUGCCGCCGUUGUUUUCCAUCCCUGCAAGAAGUGGAGACUUGUUGAACAAAUGUGGAAUGGGCUUCCAACUCGUCGAUCAGUGGAAUGGACGGAAGAUUACCAAAGCCGGAUCAGGGCUCUUUGGACGGCUAAAUAUAAGGACAACCCUACCCGAUUCAAUCAGCCAAGAGUAAAUCCGGUAGCCCAUCAAUCGUAUAUUCAACGACGGCUCAACAGGAAGAUCGGGCCCUAUCGGUCAACUAUAACUCAGACGCCCGCCACUGUUCUUGAUGAGUACGAGCGAUAUAUCGUGGAAGAGCCUAUCGAUAGUGCUCAGUUUGAGACUGAUCCGAUUUCUUGGUGGAAACUCAAUGAGUCGAGGUUUCCUGCCCUCUCUGUAAUGGCUGUGGAUUUCCUCUCGAUCCUCUCGUCCUCGAGUGAAUCAGAAAGGACCUUCAGUAGCGCAGGCAUACAAUCAUCAUAUGUACGAAGCCGCCUGAGUAGGUCUACUAUUAGCCAGCAACAGUGUCUUCGAUCGUGGGGAAAGGAGGGUAUCUACGAGCCAAGGGUGCAGUUGGAUCAGGCUGAGGAUGACUUCACUGAGCACGCCAUGGACAUAUCGUAG